AUGUCUGGCUGCUCAACCACGCUACGGUUCUCUGGCCAGCUGAACUCAGAUCUCCGGAAGCUCGGCGUGAAUAUGGUACCAUUCCCUCGUUUACACUUCUUCACAUGUGGCUAUGCACCGCUUGUUGCAUCGUCGCUGCAGGCAUACCAAGCAUUGAAUGUGCCGCAGCUUGUGCAGCAGGGCUUUAGUCCGCACAACAACAUGGCUGCGAUCGACCCGCGCACUGGCAAGUAUCUGACGGUAGCAGCGAUUUUCCGCGGCUGCAUUUCCAGUGAGGAGGUGGAAUCGGAGAUGCACAAGAUUCAGACCAAGUCGACGGGCGGGUUUGUCGAGUGGAUUCCUCAGAACGUACUUACGUCGCUUUGUGAUGUACCACCGCCGAAAGUCAAGCUCAGUGCCACUUUCAUCGGCAACACGACAUCUAUCCAGGAGCUCUUCAAGCGUACUCACAGUCAGUUCGGUGCCAUGUUCCGCCGCAAAGCCUUCUUGCAUUGGUACACGAAUGAAGGCAUGGACGAGAUGGAAUUCACAGAGGCGGAAUCAAAUUUGCUCGACUUGGUUGCUGAAUACGAGCAGUACGAAGCAGCUGGUAUCGACGAUGAUGAAGUGUAUGAGGGCGAGUACGUGGAAGAACCGUACGAUGAACAAGGCGAGUUCGCCCAAGAGUACUAG